GCCCCCCCCUCUCUUGCUUUUAUUCUCUUCUCUGAAAUGGCGCUGGUUUGGCCAGUUUCCAUUUUACUUAUGAACUGAUUGUAGAGCCUCUAUCGCCUAAAAUAUUUAUUUCUUCCAUUCUCGCCUUAUUUUUUAAGUUAACUGAAGGAAAUUCGAAUAUGGAACCCGUAAUGGCGGGAGUUGUGGAUGGGAAGCAGUGCGAAAAUGUCGCAACAACAGAAGACGAAAGAUUGAAUGAGGUCAGUCAAGAGGAAACAACCAAAAGUUCAACUAAACUAAAUAGUGAUUCAUCGGCUAAGGACGAAGACGUUGUGAAUGAGGGCGAUACUGGUUGUUUAGCUGCUAAGGAUCCCAUUUCUUCCCAACAGGAUGAAAUCAAAGGUAAUUGCGACGAUAAAGUGAAAUUUUCAGAAAAUACUGAAAAAAGUGAUAAUGAAACGGAACAACAAAACAAAGAAAGUGGUAAGGAUACUACAGAAAAUUCUUGCACACAUGCAGGCCCUGAGAAGAUGACUCCUUCAGGAGUAUCACAUAAGUUUACUGAUGAAAAAUCCAAGGCGGAGUACUUAAAAAUUAAAUCUGAGGUCACAGGAGGGGCGGAGACUUCAGAGAGUGAGGGUGAAACAGACAAAACGCCAGAGCACCAUGGAAGUCACCACUCCCCUGAUGCUGAGACACGUGCUGAGUAUCGUAAGAUUAAAUUCGAGGUGACAGGGGAGGCGGAGACAUCAGAGAGUGACGAUGGUGAUAACAGUGCCAUGCCAGGCUUGAUUGAUGACACGAAGUCAGUUAGUCAGGUGCAAGUGUAUGAGAAAAGCAAGGAGGUUAACGAGGAGGAGUGGACAGACAUUCUUGGGAAUGGUUUACUUAAAAAGAAGGUGUUGCGUGCUGGGAAAGGGCGUGACACCAGGCCAGACAGGGGCCAGGUAGUGAUGUUACGCACGGCAGGUCACCUGGAUGAUGGUACUGGUGCUGACUGGAAUCAGUGCUUGCAGUUUAUCCUGGGAGAUGGCGAGGUCAUACAAGCGUUUGACCUUGCUGUGGCUUUGAUGGAGGUUGAGGAGGUCUGUGAGCUAGUGACAGAUCCCAAGUAUGCCUAUGGAGAGUUUGGAAGAAAAGAGUGCACACCCCCUGUGCCGCCAAAUGCAAAGAUCACAUAUGAACUUGAACUGAUGGCUGUUUCUGAUGGACCGGAUCUUGAGCUCAUGGAAGAUGAGGAGAGAAUCAAGAUAGGUGACAAAAAGAGGGAGUUGGGCAAUGAAUUAUACACCCAGGGUGACUACUCUGCCGCCAUCAAUAGCUAUCAGAGAGCACUCAAAUAUUUAUCACCUUCUACCUCUGAGAAUGUUCAAAGUGUCAAAGUAAAGUGCUGGAAUAACCUUGCGGCUGCACAACUCAAGAUUGAGGCCUACAAUGCUGCCCUAAUCUCAUGCAUGCAAGUCCUACAGAUUGAUCCAGACAAUGUCAAGGCCUUGUUUAGAAAAGGAAAGGUUCUUGCUUCAAAGGGUGAGCUAUCCGAGGCCCUCCCACUUAUAAAGAAAGCAAAUCAACUGGACCCCAACAACAAGACCAUCAGGGCAGAGCUACGAAGUCUACGUAAAAGAAAGUCCAUCCAGGACGAGAAAGAGCGCAGCAUGUACCAGAGAAUGGUUGGGGGCAUGGGGAAGACGGAAGAAUCCAAAGAUAGCAGAGGGUUGAUGGCCUGGUCCUUGGUGCUGGGGGCGACUGUCGCUGCAUUGAGCGGAAUCCUGGCCGCUAUCUACUUUGCCAGACAUUAAUCAUGUACAGGCGCUUUCUAAACUUUUAAUAGGAGAAUUAUUAUGUGUGUGGUAGAGGUACACACUGCUUAGACGCCUAAGCCAGGCGCAUAGCCAGAACUGGCUGAGGGGGCUGCACAAGCACAGAUGUCAUAUAGAUAGGAAAGUAUUUGACGUUUUAUCGAUAAGAAAUGACUGCUUUUUGGCAAAGGGUGCAUGCCCCCCUUGAGACCCGCUAGCUAAGCGCCUGGGCUGAAUUCCAGAUGAUUGAAUUUGAGCUUUGGCAUAACUGUAAAAUGAACAGAAAGUUUUAAAAAAAUGCAAUUGUUUGGCUGUUAACCAACACAGACGUUUCAAAGCCUAGCUUUCCCGCUCAAAUUAAAUUAUCUUGUAUUGGGUGGUAUUGGAUGAAAUUCUCCGAAUAUCGACAAAAUUAAAUAUAAACUUACAAUAUAACUUCUAGUGUUGUGAUUUUUACGUAUAAAUACGUUUUUUAAUAUCAGCAACGUUUAAGACAUUAAAAAUCACAACAAGAAGGCAUAUUGUAAUAGAAUGGUUUUCAAAAACCCGCGAAAUACUUUUUAGUUUAUUUGGUACUAAUACACUGUAUUGUCUUUGUUGUAUUUUCUUCUAUCCUGACUAUUACACUUCUACAAUUACAUUAUUUUGUUGCACGGGACUUUGAAAACCACUCUAACAAACACUGUUAUUUCUUAUCGGUUUUUAUAUUGCCUGGUUCACAUAGGUCUGAUGUAGAAGUGUUCCUGAACGACUUGACCCAGGCCCAUAAGAAUUAUUACGCAAACAGCUGCAACCACUUUUUGCAUCAAAUAUGUAAGGUAAAAAGGUCAUUUACAGUAGCUACUAUUGCUAGUGUCGAAAGAAUACGAUGUAAAUUUCAAAUCGGGCGUAUAAAAUUAUAAAGUAGCACAAAAAAUAAAAUCUUUUUAAGAGCGUAGCCAGGGGGGCCAGCCCCCCCCCUUCCAACAGCCAAAAAUACAGUAAAUGUAUGAUACAUUAUUUAAGAUAAAGGAGAAUAUGUCUUUUAACAGCCUUUUUAGCCUGCUUGCAGGCGGUACUCGGUGUUAUCAUCGCGGAAAACCCUCUCCGUUCGAUGAUCGAGCGCCAUCUUGCAUUCUAAGCCGCGUGGUUCCUGGGGCGAGCGCAACGCUCGAGAAAGGGUUUUCUGCGAUAACAACACCGAGUACCGCCUGCAAGCAGGCUACAGCCUUUUGGGCCCCAUUCUUUUAAAGAUCCAGGCUACGCCCUUGCUUGCACUUCCUGUUGUGCAGAGCUCUAUCUCUGUAAAUGCUGUAUUUUUAUUUUGAAUAGAAGCCUUUUGGGAGAUAAUUCGUAAA